CAGUGGACAGCUGAACGCGCCGCGGGACCCGGGAUCCUCGGCGCCGGUGUGCGGGGCGGGGCAGGGCAGGGCGCACCGGGCAGGGCGCGCCGGCGGCCGCCACCCCACCAUGCUCAAGCGCUGCGGCCGACGCCUGCUGCUGGCGCUGGCGGGCGCGCUGCUCGCCUGCCUGCUGGUGCUCACGGCCGACCCGCCGCCGCCCCCUGUGCCCGCAGAGCGCGGCCGGCGAGCGCUGCGCAGCCUGGCGGGCCCCGCGGGGGCGGCCCCGGCGCCCGGGCUGGAGGCGGCGGCGGCGGCGGCGGCGCCCGCUGCGCUCGCUCGCGAGGUGCACAGUCUGUCCGAGUACUUCAGCUUACUGACUCGCGCGCGCAGAGACGCGCGCCCACCGCCCGGGGGCGCUCCCCGCCCCGCCGACGGCCACCGACAGCCCCCGGCCGAGUCGUUGGCGCCCCACGACGUUUUCAUCGCGGUCAAGACCACCAGAAAGUUUCACCGCGCGCGCCUCGAUCUGCUGCUGGAGACCUGGAUCUCGCGCCACAAGGAGAUGACGUUCAUUUUCACCGAUGGGGACGAUGAAGCCCUGGCCAGGCGCACGGGCAACGUGGUCAACACCAACUGCUCGGCUGCCCACAGCCGCCAGGCGCUGUCCUGCAAGAUGGCGGUGGAGUACGACCACUUCAUCGAAUCGGGGAGGAAGUGGUUCUGCCACGUGGACGACGACAACUACGUCAACGUCAGGGCUUUGCUGCGGCUGCUGGCGGGCUACCCGCACACGCAGGACGUGUACAUCGGCAAGCCCAGCCUGGACAGGCCCAUCCAGGCCACAGAGAGGGUCAGCGAGAACAAGAUGCGCCCUGUCCACUUCUGGUUUGCCACUGGUGGGGCAGGCUUCUGCAUCAGCCGUGGGCUGGCCCUGAAGAUGAGCCCGUGGGCCAGCAGGGGCCAUUUCAUGAGCACAGCCGAGCGGAUCCGCCUGCCGGAUGACUGCACCAUCGGCUACAUCGUGGAGGCCCUGCUGGGUGUGCCCCUCAUCCGCAGCGGGCUCUUCCACUCCCACCUGGAGAACCUGCAGCAGGUGCCCGCCUCGGAGCUCCAUGAGCAGGUGACCCUCAGCUACGGCAUGUUUGAGAGUAAGCGGAAUGCCAUCCACAUGAAGGGGCCUUUCUCGGUGGAGGCUGACCCGUCCAGGUUCCGCUCCAUCCACUGCCACCUGUACCCGGACACACCGUGGUGUCCCCACAGCGCCGUCUUCUAGCAGCCGUGGUUGAGACCCUGUCCUCGGGCGCCCCUGGUAUCCAAAGGGCCCGGGGACCUGUGUUGUGCCGCCCUGGCCUUGGCAUUCGAGGCUCCCCCAGGGCUGUGCCUACGUGUGUGUGCGCGCGCAUGCGCGCCCGUCCAUGGAGCAGGCUGCUGGGCAGUUCUGUUCUGCCGAGAAGCAAGCACAAGGGCCACUUGUCUGCCCCGUGGGGCCGCGGGCUCCAGAGCCCCAUCCCAGAGGAUGUGUAUCAGAGGUCACUCUGAGGGCAGUUUUCUUAUUACUGCGGGGUCUUUCGGCAGCAUGAGGAUCAGGGGCUGCUCUGCAGGGAUAUGCAGGUGCCUUUCCCUCCCUGUCGGGUGCGGGCCCUGUGCUGGGGGGGGUGGGCCUCAGAGCCCCCAGCACAGCUGAGCCAGGCUCAGUGCAAGGAAGCUGGGUUUGGGAGGAGUGGCCCGAGCCCCCUUCUCCCGCUGAGCUCUGGACUUAGAGGACUACCAGCCAGCACCUGGUUCAGCGCCCCCCCCAACCCCGGAAGCCCCUAGUGGCCGUGUGGCUAGGGGAACAGGGGCUCCCCUCCCAGCCCUCCCUCACCAACGUCUCUUUGUCUCCCCGUGCUGGGGAGACAGAGCUGAGCAUUUUAUCUCCUCUCCGAAGCUGAGAGAACGUCGCCCAUAGUGGGCGUGCCUGUAAAUAUUUGUGACAGUAUUUUUUUACUGUGCUUGUUUAUCAUAAGGGGGUGGGUAAACGGUAGGGUGUUUGUGGGGUUUUUUUGGGGGGGUGGGGUGGGGGGGUUAUUUUAUCUUUUCUGUGGAUCAGAAAAAGCAGAAGCCAAACUUGAGAUAAUCUUUGUUGUUUAAACGGAGGAAAAUGUCUGCCACUCCACGUAUUUAUAUGUCCCAGCCUCCGGACUGCCCGCGCCCCGUCCUGCACAGGGCCUGUCUCCCGCAGGCCCAGCUUGGCCCACCAGGCCUGUGGGGUGUGUUGUCUUCUGUUUUUCUUUCCGCAAACACAUAGCUAGGAAAGUGAACGAUAAUGGAAAAGUUCUCAGGGAAUUGAAGUGUGGUUGCUAUGGUGACGUCCUUUGCUGUGAAUAAAGGUGCUCUUUGGGGCAA